AUGCUAUAGGAGGUAAUAAAUCUGGGACAGGAGUGCUAACAAACACUCAACAAACAACAUAUCGAAUGGUGAUUGAGUUUAAAACAACAAUGCUGUUUUUCGAGAAACAUGUAUUUUACCUCCUUGGUGAUCUGCGCGAUAUUGCCAAUAAACAGAAGAAUAGAACCGAAGUAAAGAAGAUUGACUUGCUUAGGGCUGAAAGUCACAAGAUGUAUCAGAUGUACGAUGAGUCUAAUAUUUCUAAACGUCUUGAUGAAGAAAAUAUUGGGCAAAAAUGUGAGGAGUGGAUUGAAGUUCUAGAAAGGAUUGAUGAGAAAAUGAAUGGAUUUUCUACCGCAGAGUGUGUGAGCAUAUUGAUGAAGAUAUUUUAUGCAUAUAAGUAUUUGUAUUGUAAAGUGGAAUUUAAUUGUUCAGAACGUAUAUUAGAAGAGUCGUACAAACAUUCUGCAAAUUCUAACGUUCAUCCAACCGAAUAUGAGACAUUAACACCGAAUCCUGAACCACUCAAAGAGCAUACUUCUGGCACGCCAUCAAUGAUCUAAGUGGAUGAAAUAAAAUCAAGUUAAGCACCAUGUUUAGUAUUCAU